AUGAAUUCGAAUAAAAUAAUAAAGGUCAACAGAAAGCUUGCUAUUUUAAAACAGAAGGAGGAGAAUGAGCUACUAGAGACAGAAACAAAAGAAAUUGAAAAGAGGUUAAAUCUACUCAAAUCAACCCUGUAUUCAGAAAUAUGCAAGAAAAGUAAUGCAAGUGAUUCUGAACCAAUUUGGAAGAGUAGCCAUUCAUCUUUUACUGUUAAUAAACCAAAAUCAGACGCAUUGAUUGAUGUCAGCAAAAUAAAAUUUAAAACUUUGAAACAUAAUCCACUUUCAAAAAAUAAACCACCGGACGUUUUUGGUGAUGUUAUACGGAAAAUAGCUGAUUUGAAUAAGAAAGUUCCAGGUUGUUCCACUGAUCAUGGACAGUUGCAGUGUGGGCAGUGCGAAGAUAAAAGGGCGGUGGUUUCGUGUCAAGAAUGCAGCGAAUAUUACUGUGCAAAAUGUUUUGCUUCUUUCCACAUGAAAGGAGCACUUAGGCGCCACCAUUCUCUACCUAUAUCAACUUCCACUCCGCGGUUCGAGUCACUACAGUCAAAGCACUUCAAUGAAAGUAGCCAAUCAACAAGCUGUGAGAAGGCGGUUAGCAUAGGUUGUCAAAGUUCUUUUGGUGCGUCAGAUAAGUUGAAUGCAGAAUUGCAAACUGAAGAUACGAAGACGAUGAAACAAAAUCAAUUUUUUGAUAAUAAACAAUCACUAACACUAUCAAAGCGAUCUUCAACACCAGUAGUUGGUUGCAAUGUCUCAACACUGUGUAGAUCACCUGUCCCAAUAGAAAUACACUUUACACCAAGUAUAAGCUAUGCAGAAAAACUACUACUUCGUUUACAUCGUAAUUCUAAACUUCAACAACUUGGAAGUCAGAUAAGUACAAAUCAUCAGACUAUGUCAAUGGAAAUGAUUCAAGGACAAUCAAAUAGUGAAGAACAUACAAUGCAAGAUUUUAAGCUGGACAGGAUUUCUUUCAAUGAAUUACAUAAAUUGGCCACAAGUGAAGUGCAGCUGAAUGGUACUUUGGCUCUUUAUCCUACUAACGAUUUGGAACCAUCUACACCGCAACUAAAUGAGAUAAUGAGUUCCGAAAACACUGAAGUAUUCCAAUCAGUACAAUAUUCUAAGACUAAUUCUAGAGACGAAACAAAUGGAGAACAGAACAGAAUAAGUAUUAUCAAUUCAUCAAAUAGUCAACAGGAUAUAUGGCAACCAGAAAGGUCAAUUUUUUCAUCUGAUUCAUUCCUGGAUCUUCAACUCAACAAACACGUUAUAAAAUACUUAAAUAUGAUUUCAGAUGAGAAAUCAUUAAAUACUGCUGAUACUCUAGACAAGUUCGAUGAAGAGUCCAAGAAUACAAUAAGAUCAACUAUUCUGCAACAAUUAACACCAUCAAUGGAUCAUCAUCAAGUGACUAAAAUCGGAGAAGAAGUGGUAGACAUUAGAGGCGAAGAAAGAGAUGAUGACGAAGAUGACGAUGAACAUAACUAUCUGUAUGAUUCACUUGGAUAA